AUGCCUAUCAACAAGCUUAUCAAAGAUUCUGGAAUCUCAGAUUGGCUUGAACUUUUGAAGGAUUUCUUUUGUCUGGAACUUCUGAAGACGAAAACUGGCGUAUCUCGGGAGAUUUUUGAUAUCGCCUCCAAGCAUAGCCAAGAGGGGCAUUGCUCUGGGCAAAUUGAUUGA